AUGCCAGAUGACGAAUACCGUACAAAAUAUUCUGCUGCUCAAAAAAUGCAAUUCUUGAAAACACAACAAGCAAAAUUAGAAACUCGUGAAAUACCACAACAUACUCAGAUGAGACUUAAAUCUCAGGAUAAAAAAAAGAAAAAGAAGUGGAAAUUGAAGAAAAAGAUGUCCCAAACAAGCAGCUCGUCCAAAUCAAAGCGUUCGUUGACUUCAACCGGUAGCAGUGCAGAUCAAAUUCGAUCUCCAAUUCCAAAAAAUGAAAUCAAGCAUUCAGUAUCGAAAGUUGAGCAAAACGAAGAACUGAUGUGGAAGCAUCGUUCUAAGUAUAUUUAUGAAGCUGAACGAAUUUCGAUAAAACUGAAAGAAAUAGCAACAGAAUGUGAAAAAGACGUUGAAUUACGAAUAGCGAUGGAUGAUAUUACUGCUGGCAUGGAUGUGUUAAAACGAAAACGUAACGAACACUGUCAAUACGUCAAUGCGCAGAAUGAUAUUUUGAAAAAACAAGUCAAACUUUUGGGUGAAUUUCAAGCAACGCAAAUAAUUGAACUUUCGAAUAAAGUUCAACAAUUGCGUAAUACAAUGAAGAACAUCGAUGCUAAGCUAUCUGUAAUCUUUACAAAACUAAAAUCUGUGAGUGUACAGUAA